UGACCUAAAUUGUCGCAAAGAAACUGCAGCUUUUCGGCACAUACGGCUUCGCUCUUUGGAUGGUGCUGGUUAAAUAGAGACAGAGGUUUUCCUUGGUUUUCCAGUUUAACAGCUCAUCUGUCGUCCGCACAAGGAGAAGGCGCCUCAUCACACUCGUGGGCAGCUGCUUCGGUUAGUCUCCGCCGCCAUGGAAACAGAUGAGCAGGCCCGGAACCGUUUCCAGGCGGAGCUGGAGUUCGUCCAGUGUUUGGCCAACCCGAACUAUCUGAACUUUUUGGCUCAGAGAGGUUUCCUGAGGGAGAGACCCUUCAUCAACUACCUGAAGUACCUGCUGUACUGGAAGGAGCCAGACUACGCUAAGUUCCUCAAGUAUCCUCAUUGCUUGCACAUGCUGGAGCUGCUGCAGUACGAACACUUCAGGAAGGAGCUGGUCAACGCUCAGUGCGCCAAGUUCAUCGACGAGCAGCAGCUGCUGCACUGGCAGCACUACUCACGGAAACGCACCCGGCUACAGCAGGCGCUGGCUGAGCAGCAACAACAGCAGGCGCUGCCGCACGGCAACGCCGUCAGCAAGUGAUGAUGUCAUCAUGACUGUCCACAGAACUGAGUGUGGACUGUAGUUGGAGUUGCUGAGUUUAAGCGUACUGGGACAUCUCACUGAGCCCUGAAAAGGUGGAUGGGUUCAGCAGAACCACAGAACUGUUGCACAGUUACAGAAACAACCAUUCGCCUUAAGUGUUUGAUUAAAUGAAACUUGGGUAAUUUUCACAAGAAACACUUAAUAUAGAAAACAACCACUUUAAAACAAAAAGAGGGAUUUUUUUAUGAAUUUCUGACAUGCGGUAGGUUCUGAGUUACAGUGGUGGAACCUUUUGAGUUUUGAGAGGAGGUUGGAGGAGCAGCACUACCAGACCAGGGCUUAAUUUGAUCCAGGAACUGGAAUGACUGCAGAUGUUGCCUAAAUUCUGGAUGAUAUUUCUCAUAAUAAAUCAUUAUUUCUCUGGCA